AUGCUACUAAGGCAAGUAUCGAAUAGAGUGAGUCAAUCUUACUGCCUAAAUGCGAACACAACUCUACCCCACGGAUCAGUAGUUUGUCGCCUGUAACAGUGUUUGAUGCAGCUAUCAGAUGGUUGCGAACGGCACGGGGUGAACCAGACUACUCUGGGAACAGUUGGACACUGGCGUCAGGAGAUGGCCGGUAAUUUCAUUCAGCGUUAGUUGGUAUCAGAAUUCUUUGCAUGCACUACAGCACGGGCGUUGGCCAUAAAUCCUUUAUAUGGACCCAACACAGCUUCUCGCGACGAAAUAUUUAUGCUCUCGAGUUUCUGCCCUUUCACAAGGUAGUUGCCUACGCUCGACCAUCUGAGAAACCUCACACUGGCUUGCACGACUGUAAUCAUGGGCAUACAUAUGGAUACGGCUGCUUUGUUAGGUUUAUUUCUCGAGACCCUAUUGUAUGGCGUGUUCCUCACUUUAUACUGGUUCACGUUGUUCAUUCUACUCAAGAAGACCGGCAUUCAACGGCAACUCCUUCUCCCAGUGGCAUCCUUGUUGUUAUGCAUUGCAACGGCCCAUUUAAUCAUUGAUUUUGUUCGAGCGUUAGAGGCAUUUGUAUUCAAGGUGGAUACGAUUGAUGCAAGUGACUACUAUUCCAACUUUGCUUCGCCAUUGUUUGUUGCAUCAACGGCACUUUGCAUCACGCAAACCAUUCUCGCCGAUGCGAUAGUUGUUUGGCGAUGCUAUGUACUCAACGACAGAAGUCUGUUGGUUGCCAUUCCUGGUUGUAUCAUGCUCUUAGCCAGCGUGGCCACUGGAUUCUAUGGUAUCGGGUCCCUUUCUCGGGCCCGUUUGCUGUCUAAUGUCCCCCUCGUCGACUAUGGGUGUAUCGCCACGUUCGAUGCAUUGACCAUGGGUCUCAGUGUUACCAGUACCAGUAUGUCGAUUGGAUCCAAUCCGCAUGCUCCUGAUGAACAUGGUGAUGCAGGUUUGAAUGCUUGGCGCAUAUAUCGUACCCGCUAUUUCAUGCCAGAGGGCUUUGCCGCGUUUCUACCCGUUUUUCUGGUCGUCAUCGAGAGCGGCGCAUUUUAUUCCACGAGUAUCCUUAUGCUCCUCUUAACAUUCUUCAUUGGAUCCAAUGGCCAAUACACCAUGCUGGAUAUUAUCACUCCCAUUGUGGGGAUCACAUUUUGCCUCAUCAUUCUGCAAGUACACUUCGACAUAGGUGGCAACUCGCCGGCCGAAAGGCCCACUGAAGCACAUGGUACUAUCACGAACCUCUUUCGAGAGCGAGGUGUACGGGAGGGCUUCGCCAUGGAACCAAUGACUGCACAUCACAGAGGAACCGAAGAUCAUUUAAUCUGAUAUGAUAGGCAGAAGGAAGACAGUCUUUCCUUCGAAAUUAGAAAGAAUGGUUAACGAGUCUCGGAGGGUAUCUUCAAGUUGAAGAUAGGUUCGUCUUCUAAGGUAGAGCUCGUUCAAAUCCAUCCUACAUCACGUGGCGUGACCCAGUGUGACCAAGAAGUUGGAUAAGUCUGCCGAGUAUGCCGAGCAUACUGGUAGUAAGUAAAUACGAGCAGUAGUAAGUGAAUAUGAGUUGUAA